AUGAACUUGGAAGAUAUUAGAUUAAAAUCGAUUACACCACCACCUGGUGAUAAGGUCAGUCAAUGGCAUGUUGCUUCUUUUGGUUUCGAUAGGAGGGAAGCUCCACUCCCUCCAAUCCCUCCUUCACCCUCCGAGUCUCGAACCCCCAACCCCACCUUCGUCCUCCACCCCGCAUCUGAAUCCGUCAAUCAACACUCAAGACACGUAUUCUUACCUUCUGCACCCGCCACUGCAACUGAAAACACUCAGCCACUCCCACAACAUUCCUCCCCUCUCCAAUUCCAAGACACUCAUCAAGACACAAACCCUAUUCCACCUGAAAAUAAUCCUCAAGAACCUCCCCUUGAAUCCCCAGACGCGUCUUCUAUGGGCACUGAAAGGCCUGAAUCUGCUCUUGAACGUGCAAAAGAUCUCGAUGACGAUGACGAUGACCAUGUUGACUAUACUGGCCAUCAUCAUGAUCAACAUCACAAUCAAACCAUUGAUAAUCACACAGACACCCAAAAACCUCAUAGUGACGACAUUCCUCUCAUCCCUUCUUCCCCUUCAACCUCCACUAACAAAUUACAGCGCAAUUUCACUAUCAACGACAAUGACCUUAAGCAGCUCCUCUCUGCAGCUACUGAUCAAAGGCAAGACAAAACCGUACGUGAUGCUCUCAAAAGAGCUGCUAGAGAGCGCAUUGACGUCAUUAGCCAGAUUGAGCAUCAGAGACAGCAAGAGGCUGCCAAGGCUGAGGAGGAAAAUAUUCCUCCCUGGGCUUUGUCUAUUUAUGAGCUACUUCAUCAGACUCAUCAUAAGCUUGAAACUCUUAAUAUACGAUCACCUGAGGCGUCUAGAGUGGGUUCACCAGUAGCCGUGGCGGCAGCAGCUACAGCACCAGCACCAGUACCAUCACCAGCACCGUCACAAUCACCAUCGCCAUCACCAAACCCAGCUCCACUCUCCAUGGAAGCUAUACAUGCUCAAUCACACCCCCAAUCAUUUCCUGGCGAAUAUAUUCCACACUCAACUCCCCCAAUUCUCACUUCACAUCCUAUGCAACACUCCAAUCAUCCAAUAAUACUCCCUGUAGGUGAAUACGAACCUCACUCUGCACCCUAUCCAGAACCAUAUCCUAUCAUGUCACCAAGCUCCCACACUAAAAGUAAGAAAGCUCCAUCUACAGUGGCUUUACCACCAUCUGCUCCAGUUGAGAGACCACCAACUGAACCUGCUUUACCCGCUGCGUCCCCACCUGGUGAUAAUCACAAUGAAAAUCCACAAUACGCACCUGAAACACGCCCCUUACAUAACCAAUUUGAGUAUAUUCAACACCCAACUCACUACGAAAUACCAGAUGCACCUACACCUAAACCCUCACAUGCACAAACUCCCAUACGGGAAUUUGUUUUGGAGCCAUCUCCCCCAAUGCCCGUAGCACCUCAAACCACUCCAGCUUUAGACUACUCGAGUUACAAGGAGGAGAGUAGUUUGGCUAUGGAUGAGAGUGUCACGCCAAAUAAAGUACCUAUACCUGAUUCCUCAGUCGCUGAGUCAGUCCAUCACAUACAUCACUUGCCUCAAGUCGAUGGUCAUUUCGAUAGCGGCACAUUAGAGCAUGUAUUAGAGCAUUCACAUGCUCAUAAUCAUGAUCAUGAGCAUGUACAUUCACACUCUCGCACACCUACACACAUACACACUCACCCUCACACACCAACUCACAUCCCCGCUAACCACCCUUGGGAGAACAUUAGCGACAGACUGGCAGCAUGGGCGGAUCUGUGGAGUGCACACGCUACACCAAAUCAGCUCGAACUAGCAAAGGAGUCGACGCACUUGACGCGUUAUGUCAGUAUGAUAGCAUGCGAUAUUUUUUGCACACAAGUCUACAAGCGCUGGGUGCGCACUAUUAGUGCUCGUUACCCACCUGUACAGAUCGAUAAGCUAUUCCUUCCUCCGUCAUUCACUGAGGUGUUAAAUAGUGCUGUUGGGGGGGAUCCAUAUGCCCACACCGCGCCGACUUUUAGAAGUUUCUGGAACGAUCUCGGUUUCACUGGCACACCUAAACAACUACUUACUCUGGCACUCUACAGAACUGAUCGUUACCAUUUUCAAGUCUUGCGGUUCGAUUUAGAGGCAGGUGUAUUGACACACUACGACCCCUUCGACGCACCCGCAUUACUCGACCCACGUCCGAGGCUUUGGUGGACGGGAUUGCGCGAGGUAUUCCCCGAUGCGCAUAUUCCACCAGAUCAUAAACUUACUGAGCGAGUCGUCGCUAUCAACCGCCCCAAACCUACUGAACGCUCGGAUAGUCCACUCGCUGCACUUGCUUCGUGGCGACAUAUGCUAGUUAAUAAAAAACCUAACAAAGAGACAGAUCUGCUCGCAGUGCGGAGCCUCAUCGCUGCAGAGAUCGAAGGCGUGCAGAAGGUAACAGAUAGACGUAACAGACAGAAAACCAAGAAGAUACUCCAGACGCACAACUAG